UUGUUAACUGCUUGUAGUUUUUAUGUUUGAACAGCAGGGGAGGCAGAUGUUCAAGGAAAAAUACAGGCCUACUUACUGUACACUGUACAGGGAAUAAAUAGGGUGCCAUUGGGAAAAUGGGUGUAUAGACUUCUCUCUAUUCUAACCUACAGAUACUAUCCUUGGGAUUUCUGAGAUUGUUUCAAUUUAAAAGGAAUGAGCUGGUGUAAGAAAUAUGGUGGAAACUCUUUAGUCUAUGCUUAGGCCAAUCCUACGUGGCCUUACAUACCCUUUACUUGUACAUAUUUCAACAGUUUAGUGCUCUGCCAUUUGACAUGCCAUGAUUUAUAACAAAAGGAUUUGGCUCUGGUGGGUAUGUGUGAGGCAGUGACCCUCUUGACACUUACAUUUGAAUCUAUGAGUCAUACGAGAAACAUGAAUUAUUCAUAUUGGCUGGUUAUUACGAUGUGUAUGUUAUGGAUGAACAAAUGGCUGAAUUACAAUUCCCUAGUUACAUACACUUCUCUCCCCCUCAUGGAUUAAAAAAAAAACAACAUUGGAUUGGUGUAAACUGGAUCUUCUCUUACACCAGUCCAUUCCUUUAAAUCUGGGAAGAGUACAGAAUCGUCCCUCAGCCAAUACAAUAAAAUGACUCAAUUCAAAAGACCCAUGUAACCAUAUUACAAUAUUGACUGAUACUGUGACAGCGUAGCUACUGUUUCACACCACCAGCUCUUUCACAGCAGGGCCUGACCUGUCAGAGAGAGGUGCUGUGCAUCCCAAAUGGCCCCCUAUUCCCUAUAUAGUGCACUACCUUUGACCAGAGCCCUGUGGGCCCUCUGGUCAAAAGUAGUGCACUAUGUAGGGAAUAGAGUGCCAUUUGGGACACAGAGGGAGAGAACAUGAUGGUGUCCUUCACAUGAUAUUGAAGGUCCUGCCUAUCUAUUUAUCCAAUAUCCAGUCAGCUCUGUGGCUGAUGCUGUGGCGAGGGAGGAAGCUGAGCACAAGUCAACACGUCUAACUGCAUCUCUCAUCAGGGGGGCCACAGCAAUGGCAGGCUGGCAUUGACAAACACACCAGCACUCAGUCAGAGGAGCCUCACAGAGCAGGUCACUGCUGAGGGAGAGCGGGAGUUAGAGCACUGAGCAGUAGCGUCCAUGAUGUUUGUGUGGAUGGCAUUAUGUAUCGUUACUCCCUCACAUCUGGAGGAAAAUAGUCAUUAUUCAUGUGACGAUAAUCCUUUGUGUGAAGUGUGAUUAUCAGUCACAAACAGUCAUGAAUUGCUCUGCUGAGAGGGAUAGGCAUACAAGACAAUGCAAAUGUGAUGUAAUGUGUGUACAAUAAUUGUGUUGUGCUCUGUGCUCCCUACCCUUUCCUUUUGGCAGGCGUGACGUCACAUUUCAAGGCAGUUGGUUGAGCUGGAGGUAGAGGAGGAGACGAGCAACCCAGCGAGUUGAAGGGCCUGCGAAAAAAAGAGACGUCGUUAAAAGAUAACCAAGCACAUUGGUUUUUAAAAGUCAACUUUUAGACCCCGAAAGUGAAUAUCGAAGACUACUUUUGCAAAUUCCUGACCUGAUAAUCCGAUUCAACUGGAGAAACCACCAAGCUGAUGUGUUGUGCAUUGAAGUCCACAAGCGAAGGGAAAGGUGAGAGGAGGAGACCCCAUAGAUGCGAGAAAGAAUACAACGUGGCUGCUUUGAAGAGGGGCUCCAUGAAAAAUGACAGAGGAGGUGAUAGUUAUAGCCAAGUGGGACUACUCGGCUCAGCAGGAACAGGAACUUGACAUCCGGAAAAACGAGCGGCUGUGGCUCCUGGAUGACAGCAAGACGUGGUGGAGGGUGAGGAACGCCUCCAACCGGACCGGCUACGUCCCCUCUAACUAUGUGGAGAGGAAAAACAGCUUAAAGAAGACCUCGCUGGUGAAAAACAUCAAAGACACACUCGGCCUGGGGAAGACGAAGAGGAAGACGAGUGCCCGCGAUGCCUCGCCAACACCCAGCACGGACGCAGAGUACCCGUCCAAUGGUGGCGGAGGUAGCAGCGCCGAGCGUAUCUAUGACCUCAGCAUCUCAGCCCUGGUCAAGUUCGCCUACACGGCGGAGCGGGAAGACGAGCUGACACUGGUGAAGGGGUCAAGGAUCAUUGUCAUGGAGAAGUGUAGCGACGGCUGGUGGCGAGGGAGUUCUGAAGGUCUGGUAGGAUGGUUCCCCUCUAACUAUGUCCUGGAGGAGGGAGAGGAGGAGGCCGUCUGGGGGGACCUAAGCGGAGGUUACCCAGGACAGGGGGCAGGGUCGGGAGGGGUGACCAACGGGACCACCAGGGCGAUCCACACUGUUCAGACGCUGUACCCCUUCAGCUCUGUGACCGAUGAGGAGCUGAACUUUGAAAAGGGCGAGGUGAUGGCGGUGCUGGAGAAACCGGAGAACGACCCUGAGUGGUGGCGGUGUCGGAACGCCCGUGGACAGGUGGGCCUGGUGCCAAAGAACUAUGUGGUUAUCCUUAGCGACGAUCUAGCCCCCGGGGGUGGGAUGGGCUCGGGCCCCCACUCGCCCCAGAUCAACUACACAGGGCCGGCCCGCGUGGGAAAGUUUGCCGGGAAGGACUGGUACUAUGGGGGAGUGACCAGGCAUCAGGCAGAGUGUGCGCUCAACGAGAGAGGAGGUCAGGGAGACUUCCUGGUCAGAGACAGCGAAUCAUCGCCCAGUGAUUUUUCCGUGUCCCUCAAGGCGAUGGGAAAGAACAAGCACUUCAAGGUUGCGCUGGCGGAGGGGGUCUACUGUAUCGGCCAGAGACGCUUCAUCAGCAUGGACGAACUGGUGGAGCAUUACAAAAAAGCCCCGAUCUUCACCAGCGAACAUGGAGACAAACUCUACCUGGUCAAACCUCUGCUGUGAACACACACAAAUGCUCGCAUUCAUACAUUUGCACACACACACACACACACACACACACACACUCCGGACCCCGGUGCUCGGCCUGGCCUAAUAACAAGCCUUAUUAACCGGACUUGCGACUGACUGAUUGAGCACAGCAAUAUCCACUGGUCUGCCCAUGACCCUUCAAUACAGGUGCUAAAAGUCACCAUCACCUCAACAGAGAAUCAUUUAGCACAGAGAGAGACUCAAAUGGUACAUGUUGGCCACCGUAGCUCAGAUUCCUUUCAGAAUAAUGACACUGAGUCCUGUCCAGAAGUGUCCAGAGAACAGCUUCAGUAAGGGCCCAUCUGUAAGCACCCGCUCUUUGCCUUGGCUGACAACUCCACCUCCUAGUAAAAGCCCUGCCGGUGCCUCCUAGGUUUUUGGAGUGAGCACGGAUGGGGAUUUACAGACAAUGGUUCCUUCACGACAGCUACAUACACUAUGAAAGUGAAUAUUUAAUGUGACCCGUCCCUUGCAGAAAGUAGUAUUACGUUUCCAUAGACCCUUGUACCAGAAAGAAAGGCACCACAAAUUGUACUUGUACUGUAUUUACCAGAUAAGGAAAGGGCGCCCUCUGUAGGUGUAUUGUGGAAUGGACACGGUCAGGAAGCUGCGAGUUGAAUGUCCGUGGAUGUAUACCGCCGACCAUGUGCCACACCCUCAUACUGCUCAAAUGUGCCCCUAACGUUCUCUUCGAAUCCACCGCUUUCCUCAACGUCCGAGUGGAAACGUCGCUGACCGAGGAUGAGGUUUCAAGAGCGAUAGGAAAAACGUUUCGUUGGUUUGUCUGUUUGCCAAUCAGUCUGUUCAAAAUUAGUUUCCUGCUUUUAAAAAUGAAAAACUGUGUCUUAAUGUUACUGAGCACUGUUAUUUAAAUCUUGUUUUCAGCUGUGUAUGUAUAUUUAAAAAGAAGAUUAAGGUGAAUAUAUGAAUUUAGAUACAGCGGAAGGUACUGUAUUCCAAGAUGGUGUGGUGACUUGAGGGUUGAAAUACUUUUGUUCAAUUAAAAGUUUUGCCGAAACAAGCUUUCUGGUUGCA